AUGGUCUUGUCUUCAUGCUCUUUGUCAUCUGGGGACUACUUCCAAGAUUUUGUUUCUGUGUUCUGUGGUCGGUCUUGGGUCACUAUGGAUGAAGAACUUGAGAAAUUAUGGAGUAAGUUACAGUUUUUAGAGGAUGCAAAAGCAGAUUUAAAUGUCCUUGAAGGUGAUGAUGGACAACUUGACGAAAGAGGGAAGCUUUGUAUGUUCAGGAGAAGUGAAUUGGAUAAAAAGAGAGUCCUUGAAGGUAUGUUGUGGUCUUUUGAUAACCAUUUGGUAUUGCUACUGAAGUAUGAUGGGAAUGCCCAACCCAUGAAUCUCCAAUUCAGACAUUGCCCGCUAUGGAUUCAAGAGUGCAACCUCCCUUUCAAUAGCAUGAACCAGGCCACAGGGAGGAUUAUUGGGGAAAAACUAGGGGGAAAAGGAAGAAGGAACACAAGCAAUCAGAAACAAGAGCAGUUGAUUCCAGUAGAUGAAGAUGAAAAUUCCGUUGACAGUAAUGUGCACGAAAAUCUUUUGGCUCCAAAAAUCUCGACUAAGUAUGUCGCAGAGAAUGAGAAAGUGAUAAACAAGGACACAUAUUUAUUGAAAGAUGUAAUUGAUGGUCGUGAUCCACAAUCUAAGGGAAAAUAA